AUGGAUGUCCUCGGGCCUCCCAACAAAGUGACUGAAUUUAUCUUCCUGGGACUCCCACAGAAUCCACACCUGCAGAAAAUACUCUUUGUUGUCUUUUUGUUCAUCUUCCUGUUUACUGUGUUGGCCAAUCUGCUCAUUGUCAUCACUAUCUCCCUCAGUCCCACACUUUCUGUUCCCAUGUACUUCUUUCUCACUUACUUGGCCUUAUUAGAUACUUCCUUCACCUUUGUGAGCAUGCCCAAAAUGAUGAUUGAUCUAUUGUACCAGAGGAAAACCAUCUCCUGGGGUGGCUGCCAAACUCAGCUCUUUUUGGAGCACUUCAUAGGAGGAUCAGAGAUCUCUGUCCUCACUGGCAUGGCCUAUGACCACUAUGCGGCCAUCUGUAAGCCUUUGCACCACACGACCAUCAUGCAACCAUCACGAGACAGGAGUUCUGCUAGUUCCUGGUGGUGGCGGCCUGGAUUGGAGGGAUCCUGCGUGGUACAGUCUAGAUCCUUUUCUCAAUGGACUUUACAUUCUGUGGUCCCAAUGUCAUUGACCAUUUUGUGUGAUUUCUUCUCCCUGUUGAAACUUGCCUGCAGCGACUGCUAUAGGCUGGGAAUAGUGGUGGCAGCCAACAGUGGGGGCAUGUGUUUGCUUCUUUUUGUCAUCCUAGUCACCUCCUACAUAGCUAUCCUGAGCUCCUUGAAAUUCCAUGGCUCUGAAGGAUGGCAAAAAGCCCUCUCUACAUGUGUCCCACUUUAUAGUAGUGGCUCUCUUUUUUGGUCCUUGUAUGUUCACCUACACAUGUCCUGUGGCCAUUUACCUUGA